AUGUAGUUCCUAACUCUAUUGGUAGUGGCUCUCCUAAAUGGAAAACUGAUUUAGAGACGAAAGAUUUAUCUAUUGAUUAAUAUUUUUUGGAGAAUGAGAGUUCCAUAUCAACAAGUGCUAUGCAUUCUGUUCGAUUGCUUCCUGCCGCGGAAAAUGGAAAAUCUAUUGGGGGAUUCAGUGGUCAAAAUAUUUUGAGUCAAUUUCCAUUUGUUCCUGCUGUUAAUUUUCUUAUGCUUAUUGUAACUGUUCCGGCAACUGCAGUGGAUCUUUGUGUAUGGGAUCCGGGAAUAGGUUUUGGGUUAAUGGCUCUUACAGGUUACAUAGAGAAUGUGGAGGAACUACUAUCAUUGAAAUGUACUGACAAGUUUCUCUUAAUUACAUAUUCAAAUCGUAUGAGUAGAGUGUGGGAUCCCGGACAACUAGGGAGUGUAAAGUUCUACAGGUUCAAGGGGUUCUCUGUUAUCGAUAACUGCAACGCAUUAACGUGUCCUUUAAUUGCAUAUUCACUAGUCUUCACUGAAUAUUAUGCAAUUAAACAUGAUGUGUUCUUGGCCAACCUCCACCAAAUAUCAGUCUUGCAUCUUCGCUAUAUAACUGCUCUUGUUGGCAUGGUACAGUUGUGGGAGGUAAAAAUAUUAACGAGUGUAUCUAAGGAAAAGGCUGUACACUCUGCUGGUUACACACUUUAUGGAGUCAUAGAGAUAGUAGAGUUGGAUGCACGCCAUAGAUUACAUCAUGGCUUAGGUAAUGCAUUAGUUUUUGUUAUCCUCUUGAACAAAUGUGUGAUUGCGAGGAAAGUUAUAACUGAACUCCAAUUGAUAAUGUGGGAGAGUUUUAUCGUAAAUCAGAAAGAACAUGGUUGCAAUUGGUUGUUAUCAAUUCUAGUGGAGAGAGUUGGUGGAAGGAGAGCCUUUACAACUAUUGCUCAAUACUUCGAGGUGAAUAAUUCUAGAUUCGACGAGUCUGAGCAUGUUACGAAGUAUCAUCUUUAUCAUAUUUCAAGUGCUCUUGGACUGCCUUUGGAUCCUAACAGUAACCUUGAAAAGGGAUUGAUGCUAAGGAAGAAUGGAAUGAGAAGGGCAUUUUAGUUCCUAUUAGCCAUCUGAGUGAAGUGCUGCUAGAAAAUAUGAUAAAGAUCCUUAAUGUGGCUGCCAAUAGUGCUUCGACAAGUUUUGGUGAUAUCAUUAGGUAUAUUGCUUUUUGGAUAUGUCUCACAUGGGUACCCAUCUUUGCCAUGUUAAUCAGCUGCUAAGCAAGAAUGAUGCAACCAUGUCUAUAAUACUCCAGGCAGCCAACCGAGUUUCUUCAUUGUUGCUUACCAAUCUAACUGUACCAGGGGAUGCUCAUGCUUACACGAACCUUGAGGACAAGGUUCUUAUUGGAGUCGGGAGUAUUGUUAUG